AUGGAGGAGGCUGGUGCACUGGAGGAGGCUGGUGCACUGAAGGAGGCUGGUGCACCGGAGGAAGCUGGUGCAGUGGAGGGGAUGGUGCACUGCAGGAGGCUGGUGUGCCUAAUGCUUACGUUGGUUGCGGCAGCGGUGGCUGCUCCUGCGUAUCCAAAAAAAUAUGAUCCACUCAUCCACGGUCCUAAACGUACGGCGAUCCACAAGGAAUUGAAGGGAAAGUUCCAGGAACCCAUGAAGACGCCUGAAGUAAAUUCCUACGAUGGAUUUGAGGGAGCCUUCGAGGUUCCUCUUCAGCCACCUGCAGAGUACCCAUACCUUCGUGCUGAUGGCCAAGCUCACGGGGACAUUUCUCCUCCUCCUUCCAGCGACGACACAUCCUCAACCACGAGCAGUUACCUCGUGUACGACAAGGAGGGAGAGAUGCUACCUUUUGUUCCACCUCCGGUCUCCAGCUAUGCCAUCAUCCCUGCGUCUAAUGACGGUGCGGAUGCCAUGUCAUUCCUUAGGUUCUUGGUCAGGGCGCUGCCCAAAGAUUCUUCGUACAGCAAGUACAGCGCUGAUCCCGAACCUGAAGAUCUGAACCCUCCAGACCAGCACCCUGAGUCGUCAUACUUGGCAUACGGCGAUGCGACCAAAGCUGACACAAUUAUGGCUCCCAGCACUGAACACAAGAAAGAGAAAACAGUUUCGUCUUAUUCCUCUUAUGAAUAGAAAUCAAUAAAGCUUGACAUGCACAUAUUUCUCGGUAAUUAGCAUCAAAAACCAAAGUUAAGUUCAAGUUUAUGUGUAAAUAAUUAAGAGAACCAAGAAUAGUGACAAGAGAUACUAAGUAUAACUAAUGUAAGAAAAUUUUUGCUGACAAAGCUAAAUUAUCUGCUUUCUAAAGUGCACAUC